AUGAGGUUUAUUCUCUUCCUCCUAGCAGGCGCCACCCACCUCGCUCUUUCCACCGCCAAACAAAACUGUCCCCUCUACGGCCCGCUCUUCCCCAAACCGACCAACCUGCUCCAAAAUGCAGCCAUCCAAGCGGCCGCAAAAUCCUUAGACGAGAUCUUCCUCAAGUACAUCGAUCACGACAACACCACAGGCGCAGACCAUUUUUCGUACGCGGUCGAGGUGUUUUCAGGGAGCGAAGACACACCGCUAUGGUCGCACUACUGGACCGCACCGAACCUGGAGGUGUUCAACUCGACGGGCGUCAGCAAAGUCGAUACCAAUACUGUCUUUAGGGUAGGCAGUAUUACCAAGAUCUUUACGGUUUUGGCAUUUUUGGCGACGGUGGGUGAUCGAGUGUGGAAUGAUCCGGUUACAAAACACCUACCGGAGCUGGCAAGGUUGGCGGAGAAGACGCCUGGUGGUUCGAUGACGGUGCCGGAUUGGGAGGAGGUAACAUUGGGAAGUUUGGCUAGUCAGACGAGUGGGCUGAUACGGGACUUCCCCCUCGAACAUCUCUACAAAAUCGGGUUCCCGCCUCUCCCACUCGAAGAAUUUCCGCCAUGUGGUACCCUCCCUACCUGCAACAGGGACCAGCUAUUUGCUGGAUUGGGGAAGUUACCUCCUUCGUUCCCGACAUCGUCGACGCCAGCCUACUCGGACAUUAGCUUUGCCCUCCUUGGUUAUGUUGCCGAGCGCAUCACCGGAAAGCCUUUCAAGACUCUCGUGCAGGAUUCAGUGUUGACGCCAUUGAAUCUCACACAUACGUUCAUGUCGGCGCCGGAUGACUCGCUGGGAAUUAUUCCGGGAAAUCGACACUCGACGUCUUGGGCGUUUGACUUGGCGGAGGAAGCUGCGACGGGAAAUAUGUAUACCUCGGCGGGUGAUAUGUCCUCGCUCGGCCGCGCAAUCAUGCGCUCCACACUGCUCAAACCUGCCGUAACCCGUCGGUGGCUGAAGCCAUCUGUGUUCACAUCAGACGCGAAGUCAGCUGUUGGCAUGCCAUGGGGUAUCCGGCAGCUUGACAUAGGCUCUAACCAAUCCUUCCAGAUAACCCACGCCUUCAACAAACUCGGCUCUCUAGGAGCCUACACCUCCCUCCUCGCCAUCAUCCCCGACCUCGACAUCGGCUUCUCCAUCCUCGCCGCCGGCGACCCACCUCCUGGCUUAGCAAUGGAUAUUGCCGACACUUUAACAACCACUUACCUCUCAACGAUGACGUACGUCGCUCGUACCGAGGCCGACCGGAUGUUCAGCGGUCAGUACCGGUAUAUGGGUAACAUCACGGUUGCUGUCCCUAAUUUUCCCCUUUCAAAUUCCUCCAACUCAACCCCACCCAAGUACACCAAUGGCACUAUAGUCGAAAGAAAAAGGUUGAAUUCCUCCCUCACAAUCUCCACCUCCCCCUCCACUCCUGGCCUCGUCCUCGAGAACUGGAUCUCCAACUCAACCGAUAUGUCCUUCUAUGCCGUGGCCAUCGGGUCUAACAUCACGGACGAGUACCUUAACAAGAUCAAACCAUCCGUUCGUCUUUACCCAGCGGGCUUCUCCGAGAUUUUACCAGAUGGAAAGGGUAAAAGAGUCGCUUUCAAGGCCGUCUUCGAAGACUUGAGUCUGCCCGAACGGAAACCGGGGCUGCAAAUGGGUACGGACUGUGCAACAUGGGUUGGCGUGACGGGGGUGGUUUAUGCCAGUCGGCCGUUGGAUUUGUUUGUUUUUGAAGUGGAUGGGGAAGGGAAGGUGAAGGGGGUGGAGAAUGGAGCGUUGAGGGUUUGGUUGGAUAAAGUUGGGUGA